GUGUGAACUGCAAACACCUGAAAGUGUCCCGCAUGCGCAGUAGAGGGCGCAAUAAGGUCAUACAUAGUGCUCAGUUCUUGCCAACCGCCAUUAAAAAAAAGUAGAAGAAGAACUCAGUGUUUGCGGAAGUAAACAUGGAUGCUAACGGUGUAACAUAUCUUACGAUUUUGAAGUUGUUAUCCAACCGGAGCAACAACUUAAUCCUCGUUAUCUUCCGCCAUGGUUGUUGUUUUUCUUCCCGCUUGCGUAUCAGGGCGCAGAAUAGUGACGUUUGUCGAGUAUCAAUGACGUUCCGGUCGGCUCAACGCGACAUGUCUGUACAGACUCCGGCUGUAUUUGAAAAGAUCGGAUGCGUAUCGGAUAUCCAAGUGGCCUGGGUCGCAUUCGAAAAAAUCCGAUCUGUGUUGUUCAUAGUGUCAUAAAACGAUCAGAUACAGGUCGCAGUAAGAAAAAUAUCGGAAUAAUUGGGUCACUUCCGGCCGCAGAGUGACCGCAGCCGUUUCCUCUGCAGGGCUACAGCAGCAGCAGAGAGUACAUCGCCACGCAGGAUCCUCUGCCCAACACAGUUGUUGAUUUCUGGCGGAUGAUUUGGGAACAAAAAGUGAAGACAGUUGUCAUGGUUACCAACCACAUCGAAGCAGGACUGACCAAAUGUGCACAGUACUGGCCUGAAGACAUGAAGCAGAGACAGUAUGGAGACGUGUUGGUCUCUGUAACAUCUGAACUGAAGGAGCAAAACUGGACGCUGAGGCAGUUUACCGUCAAACAGAAAAGAAGCUCAGAGGAACGAUCAGUCAAACAUUUCCACUUCACUGUCUGGCCUGAUCGCGGCGUCCCUCAGGGCACAGAGGUCCUGAUCCAGUUCAGAAGGAUUGUGAGGCAGGACAUAGAGAGUGACGGAUCAGAGUCACCAACCGUGGUUCACUGCAGUGAUGGAGUGGGAAGAACGGGAACUUUCAUCGCUCUGGACUUCCUGCUGCAGCAGCUGGAGAAACAACAAGCUGUCGGCAUCAAGGACUUUUUACACAGGAUGAGGCGACAUCGGUCACACAUGGUGCAGACGGAGUCGCAGUACAUUUUCCUGCACCAGUGCAUCAUGGGCAGCCUGCAGCGAUGCGCGACCCAGGAUGAACACGUUUAUGAGAACGAUGACACGUACGCAAACACCAUCUAUCUUAAAGAAAUUAUUUAACACAAAACUAGUUUCAUUCCUGGAAUAACUGUAGAUAAUGGCAAACCAACUCUGUGGAUAGAUUAAAGGUGGAUGGAUUGAUAAAAAUAUUGAUAAUAUCAAUACCAAGUCGGUAUUGAUAUUGGAUAGAUAUUAACUUUGGUUUCACAUUUUCUGUUGAGAUUUAUUUUAGUUUUGUAUUUUUUAUCUCUACCUUAAAAGAAGAUGUUGUGAGAUUUGCUCUGAAAUGUUUUUGCACUUUAUUUAGGAAAAAACAUACUCAAUUUUUUUUUUUUCAGUUUAUUGUGUUGAUGUUAAAGUAUUUUGUAGACGCCUAUCAACUUUUUCCAAAUUCUGUCUUAGCUUUUAACAAAAUAAUUCAAAGAAAAAACUACAAAACAGUUUUGUUUUGUGACUUCUGAUUGGUCAGAAGUUUAUUAUAACAAACUUAAAUAGUAAAAAGUAUCGGUAUUGGUAUCGGUAUUGGUGAUACUAGUUGUGCUAUCGGAUCGAUACCAAAAUAUGUAGCAUUGCACACCUCUAGUCAAGAUGUGAUUGUUUUAUACUGAAUGUUUAAUAAAUGUUGUACUGUAAAAAAA